AUGAUGCUCCUGCUGCCCAAUAGCACAGCCGGGGCCCGGGUGAGCGACGCCGAGCCGCUGGAGUGGGAGGAGCGGUCGCCCUGCGUGGAGGGGAUCAUCCCUGUCAUUUACUACAGCGUCCUGCUCGGCCUGGGGCUGCCAGUUAACAUCCUGACGGCCGUCGCCCUGUCCCGCCUGGCUGCCAGGACAAAGAAAUCAUCCUACUGGUACCUGCUGGCCCUGACCGCCUCCGACAUCCUCACCCAGGUCAUCAUUAUCUUCAUGGGCUUCAUCCUGCAGAUGGCCAUCCUGGCCCGUGAGGUGCCCCACACCUUCAUCCACACCGUCAACGUGCUGGAGUUUGCGGCCAACCAUGCCUCCAUCUGGGUGACCGUGCUGCUGACGGCCGACCGCUACGUGGCGCUGUGCCACCCGCUGCGCUACCGCAUGCUCUCCUACCCCGAGCGCACCCGGAAGAUCAUCGCCGCCGUCUUCGGCACAGCGCUGGCCACCGGGAUCCCCUUCUAUUGGUGGCUGGAUAUCUGGCACGACUCCCAACCACCCACCACCGUGGACAAGGUCCUCAAGUGGGUUCACUGCUUCACCAUGUACUUCGUCCCCUGCAGCAUCUUCCUGGCCACCAACUCCGUCAUCGUCUGCAAGCUCAAGUGGGGGAAGCGGGUGGACGGGCACCGCCGGCGCGUGGGCAAGACCAUCGCCAUGCUGAUGGCCGUCACCGCCGUCUUCACCGUGCUGUGGGCGCCCCGGACGUUCGUUAUCCUCUUCCACCUCUACAUGGGCUCCACCAACAACGACCGGAGGCUGCACGUGGCGCUGAACCUGGCCAACAUGAUUGCCAUGCUCAACACCACCGUCAACUUCUUCUUCUACUGCUUCGUCAGCAAGACCUUCCGCCGCACGGCCGGCGAGGUGAUCCGCUCCUGCAGUCCCUUCUGCACCGGGCCCGGCCAGCCGCCCGCGAACGGGGGCUUUCUGCACUCGGCUCUGAAACCGCUGGGGCUGCUGGAGAAUGUGUCCCUUUAG